UUCCAGUUAAUUUUUCCCCCUCUCUUUUUCUUUAAUUUAAAUUGGGACAUGUGCGGUCCAGUGCAUUUUAGUGCGUUCUGGGGCAUUUUUGAUGCAUUUUAGUGUUCCACUACAGUUCUGUGCAGGAAAAAUGCAGCCUGCUCUACUUUUUUUUCUGCAUCUGGAACGCACUGGAACUGCAAGCACUGAUGUUAACUAUGAGAUUGACAACCAUAUAACCUACUUUCUGUGUGUUUUGGAUGCGGACAAAAAGCAACUGGAACCUAUGUGGUGUGAACUGGCCCUUAAUGUGUUUACUGUGUGC